AUGUUCCGCAGCGCCAAGCCCAAGAAGAACAAGCGCCGCCGCGUCGCCGAAGACGAAGACGAGCAGCGUCCGAGCGGGUCCAAUGCGGAAGAGGACGUGCCCGUUGUCCCCGUGGCCUCUGACCGUCGCGCCAUCAACACGUUCUCGACUGGAGGAGUGAAGCGAAUCAAGAACGUGGUCCAGACGCGGCAGAUCGAGUCGGAGCGCGAGAUCGUCCCGCAGCAGUAUGCAGGCGACGCCACUUACGAGACGCAGAUCGACACGGAGAAGGACCGUGAUGCGCGUGCUGUGAUGGAACGCAGCAUCAAGGCGAAUCAGGAUGGCACUGCCGAUGCGGAUAGCGGCAAGGUGUACCGUGGUCAGGCCGCCUACAAGAGCUACAUCACCAAGAAGGAGUCGCAGAUUGGCAUGAACAAGUACACAGGCACGCAGGGUCCUAUCCGAGCGCAAACGUGGGCGCGCGCUAUCUGCCGCUUCGACUACCAGCCCGACGUUUGCAAAGAUUACAAGGAGACAGGGUUCUGCGGCUAUGGCGACAGUUGCAAGUUUCUCCACGACCGCGGCGACUACAAGAGUGGGUGGCAGAUUGAGAAGGAAUACGCGGAGAAGGAGAAGAAGCGGCAGAAGCGCCUUCUAGAGGGCCGUGACCCCGACGAGGAGAGCGACGACGAAGACAAGAAGGCCGCUAAGAGCGACAAGGAAGAGCAGUUUGCGUGCACAAUCUGCCGUUCUCCCUUCCACAACGCAGUGGAGACGAUCUGCGGCCACUUCUUCUGUGAAGCGUGCGCGCUAAAGCACUUCAAGAAAACGUCGCGGUGCUUUAACUGCAAGAAGCAGACCAACGCCACCUGCAUUCUCCAAUAUCGUCUUGGCGUACGGGUGGAACACGAUCCACCCGACGAGGAACGGGUUCAUCAGCUCCAUGAUGCCGUUGUUCCAGAUCGUGAAGGUGGUGCGGUUCCACGGCGGCGCCAUGGCCGUCUCGUGGAUCAGCGUCAUGAACGAGCGCCCCAACUGCGACAGCGCCGCCGCGCCGACAAGCGUGAUGAUGUUCCAUGUGUUCAUACUGGUGGGCGCGAUCCACAGCAUCCAGGCCAGCAUGCCAGCGGCGCCGAACAGAACCGACGUAAGGAAGUCGGCUACUCCUAG